UCUCUUUUCACCACCACCACUCUGAUGGCCUGUCUUGUCCCAUCUUACUCCCCCCUAGUUUCUUUCAAGUCAUGGACCAAAGCUGGUAACACAUUACUACGCCAGUCCACCCGUCGUGUGUUACCAAUCAAUCUGUCAGCCCCCAGUUCACAAAGCCGAACUCUUUCACUUUUCGAUCCAUCCUCACCUCGGCCGAGCAUCAGUGCUCACAACCCAUCUGAGAUCAGAUUCUCUGCAGGUCAACCAGAAGAUCUGCCCACUCGACUUUUGGAGCUGUCCGCAUGGGAGCUCGGCCCAUCCAAAUCCGCCAUCACUCGGCAAUUUACAUUUCGCACAUUCAACGAUGCCUGGCGCUUCAUGAGCGUCGUGGCCGACGAGUGCAAAGCCAAACGACAUCAUCCAUCGUGGUCAAACCUCUAUAAUCAGGUUUCCAUUGAAUGGACCACCCACAAACCCCAAGGACUGAGCAUCAAAGAUGUUGACAUGGCCGCUUUCUGCGACCGCGCCGCUGACGAGAUAGGCCUCAAGAUGCCAUGAUCAACACUGGGAGGACCCCUAGGCGCCCCGCAUGGUGAUCACAUAGCAUGGUCGUGCCUACACCGCACAAUUACCCAAUCAUCUAACACUCAUUAUACAGACACGAGAAAUAUAUUACAAUCCGACGUGUCUGCGGCCAUGUAUCCUGAAUUAUCAACGUACAUGUUUCGGAGAUAAUGAGACGCGCAAACUCCGUGAAAUAGGUCUGUGUCCGCCCGUGUACCGACGCUUCCGCACCCAGCAUUCACCGUGCAACCGAAAUCUUGAUGCAGUGAACUUCCUGAAAUUGCCAUGGGAUUUGAUCGUGUGAGUCUUCAAGAACAACCUUGAUGCUCAGGCAUUCCGCAUUCUCCUCAAAUGGAUAGGUUACGACCGCGCAACACAGCAUACAUGCGAAUCUCGCGCUUCUGUCCGAAUCCGUGCAGUUGAUGGAUACCGGAACAUCGCACGAUCCGGUUUGUCAUGCAUUGGUCAUCCCGUCAGCAACCACCAAUCCUCCAACCAACAGCUCCAAAUGUCGCCCUCUCUCUCUCUUCGUUUACCUCACCUUUUCCACCACUCUCUUCCU